GUCACUUUCGAAUAAUACUCUGAGUAGAAUUGAUAUACAUAUUUAAAAUACAUAUUGAGGAGAUGUUAAAAGAGGCCGUUUUUCUUGCCGUUAUCGCAGUUUUUGCCUUAACUUCUAUUAACGCUGACAACUUCAUUGAUGAAAACUCCAAUGAAACUGAAGAAAUUUAUCGUCUAAAACGUUCUCCAGAAACUGAAGAAGAGAAGAGAAAGAGAGAACGGGGAUGGCAUGUUUCACCCGACGUUGGGGGCGAUGGAAAAAACGUUCAAGGUGUAAUUGAAACUAAGUACGUAGGUGAGAAACAUGAUUUCAAUGCUGGUUGGGGAAAAGUAUUUCAUGGUCCGGGAAGAGCGAAACCCUCGUGGCACGUCGGAGGUACGUUCCGUUUUAAAAGAGAAACCGAAGAGGAAAAAAGGAAACGAGAAAGAGGUUGGCAUGUUUCCCCUGACGUUGGCGGAGAUGGAAAGAAUGUACAAGGUGUUCUAGAAACUAAAUAUGUAGGUGAAAAACAUGACUUUAACGCUGGUUGGGGAAAAGUAUUUCAUGGACCAGGAAGAGCGAAACCCACGUGGCAUGUAGGAGGAACAUUCCGUUUUAAAAGAGAAACCGAAGAGGAAAAAAGGAAACGAGAAAAAGGUUGGCAUGUUUCCCCUGACGUUGGCGGAGAUGGAAAGAAUGUACAAGGUGUUCUAGAAACCAAAUAUGUGGGUGAAAAACAUGACUUUAACGCCGGUUGGGGAAAAGUAUUUCAUGGACCGGGAAGAGCGAAGCCAACUUGGCAUGUAGGAGGAACAUUCCGUUUUAAAAGGGAAACCGAAGAAGAAAAGAGAAAACGUGAACAAGGUUGGCAAGUUAAACCUGACUUAAGCGGCGAUGGAAAAAAUACUCAAGCUGCUGUAGACACUGUAUAUAAGGGUGAAAAACACGAUUUUAAUGCUGGUGUUAGUCAAAUAGUUCAUGGCCCAAAUAGAGCGAGACCUACGUGGCACGUUGGAGGAACAUUUAGAUGGUAAAAGUUAAUAAUACGUGUACCAAUUAUUGUAUUUAUAGUAUUUAUUUUUAUAUAUGUAUUUAAAUUUUGUAAUAAAAUAAUUUAAUUAAUUUA